AUGACGCCGUAUGAGAAGAACCUGGAGGUGUGGCGGCAGCUGUGGCGGGUCGUGGAGCGGGCGGAUGUGGUGCUGAUGAUACUCGACGCCCGCAACCCGCUCGUCUUCCGUUGCGCCGACUUCGAGGCGUACGUGCGGGGCACACGCGGCGCCGCGGGGAGGCCGAAGGAGAUCAUCUUCCUGCUGAACAAGUCCGACCUCCUCACGGAGGGCCAGCGCGGCGCGUGGGCGGCGUACUUCACGGAGCGCGGGGAGUCGUUCAUCUUCUUCUCCGCCGCCCCCGCCGCGAAGGCGACCGCGGCGGCGACGACGACAACGACGACGACGGGGGAGCCGGACGACGACGGGGGAGCCGGACGGCGACAGCACCGCCGACGGGGACGAGGAGCCUGCGGAUGGCGUGAAGGACACGCACGUGGAGGACAGCAGCGUUCCCAAACUGCUGCGUCACCGCAACGAGAAGCGGCGGCACCACAAAAAGUCGCUGCGGGCCCCGGUGGAAGUGGCGAACCCGUACGAGCUCGUUGA